GAACAUUGCGACGUCUGGGCAGGCGUGGGAACAUUUGCGCGCUUUCAAACGCAUGUGGAGAGACGUUGUGGAAGAUGGCAUCAGCGGGGUGUUACGCAUGGAAGAUCAGGGCAGCUGUCCGCAUGACAGUCCGGUGACGGAGUCUUGGAUCCACCGUGGCGCCCUGCUGCUGCGGCUGCUUCGGCUGCUGGCGGUGCUGGUUCGUCGCUUUCGCCGGCAGCGGAGGAAACUGCAACUGGCCGAGUCAGAGAACUCCUGGUCCUUCGAAGAGCAGCGGUGGCAUUGGUACCAAAUGCGCCAGAAGGUUACAUCAGAGGCGUUCGAUGCAUGGGACGAAGUGUCUUUUUUUGAGGAUGAAGAUCCGCUCUUUCAGAAGCAGUUCGCCGUGGCCAUAGCCGGUGCUAUGUCCAGCAGCGACUGGCUAGCAACUGCGAAGACCCCGGUAAUCUUGCUAGAGCACGGAUCCGUUCCGAAGAAUGUGCUGACCCUAUGGAUUUCCAGGCCAGCAAGGAGGAAGAUCCAGGCUAUAAAGUGGUCCGCUGACGUAGAGACGGAAAAGGGCCGUGAUGGAUACUGGCGG